CCAAUCUUAAUUAACCACCAUUUUCUCUGUAAAUUUCCCCCUCCAAUUUUAUUUUUAUUCUAUUGUGUCCUUUACUUUCUUCAUAUGUUUUUCUAUCUCAAUAAAGUCUAUAAUUGGUUUCUCUAAUUCCUAUUUAUUCUUCUCUCAUUUUUUCUUCCUCUUUAAUCCCUUUUUCUUCUUCAGACGGGGCUACAAUAUCAGAUCUCUAGAAUGGAUGAUGGGAAAGGGCUUGAACUCAGCUUGGGAUUGGCAUGUGGUGGUUCAUCGUCCUCUUCGAAAGAUAAGAGUGGCAACUCAGGUGAUGGUAGGACAGCUACUGAUGAGAGAACCAAUAAAGUUCUGAAUGAUUUCAAAAAUUUUCUCAGUGCUGGUGUUCCGCAAUCUCUUCAGAGAAACGAUGCUUCAAAGUCUCAGGAGACUUUCUUUAGUAAUCUGCAGCCGUCUGCUUCUGGAGAUGAGGCAAGAAAUAGUGAACACAAGCGUAAAUGUCAAUUUGAAGAAAUGAAUAACCAAAAGAAACAUGAAUCCAGUUUCCAAGAUUCUGAGUUACAGGAAGUGGGAAAUAAGUCUCAUAUAUCAAUUACAACAGACGAAGGUUCGACAGCUGAUAAUGAAGAUGUGGCCGAAUCUGAGGCUGAGGGCGCAUCGUCUAGAUUGGUUUCUCACCAUGAAGAUGGACCUAGAACCCCUGGUGGAAGUGGUAGCUCGUCUCAGGUUCCUAAAGAACAUUGUGGUAAAACCAAUAGCGGUGCUCCUUCCUUCUCUUUGCAAUCAGUGAAUGCUGUGAGUGUCCCUUACUCUAUUAUAAUCAAAGAUCCUUCUAUGCCUAAUAUGCUAAGGUAUCCAUUGUCUGGGAUGAUGCAGGGCGUCACUUCUACGAAUGGGAUGCGUCCUAGACUACAUGCUGCUGUUCCAGGGAGUGUGCCAAUGUCGUUGGGAUUCUCUUCUGUCCAGCUUCCGGUGCUGGAUGGUAAGGAUAACUCAUGGAGAAUGGGUGGCCAUCAUCAAGCUCAUCCCUCUCCUUAUGGUGUUAGAUCCAUAACAACUUCAGUUCCGAUGCAAGUCAUUAGCCCCAGUUCGUCUGAAUCUGCACGAGUUGAUGUGCGCCCAUUAGAUCAGUCAAAAGGUCAAACAUUAGUAACUGAAGAAGGCUCCUCCUCUCAAGUUGAAGAUGAUGCAACGGGACGAGGUCAAAAUUUUCCGUUGGAAUUUCCUGCCAUAAGGCCUGGAAUUGCCGCAAAGGUGAACUUCGGUGGAUCCGGGUCGUUCCCAAACUUACCCUGGGUUUCUACGACAAGUCCAGGACCAAAUGGUAGGACGAUAUCUGGUGUCACAUAUAAAUUCAAUGCCACCCAGAUAAAGAUUGUAUGUGCUUGCCAUGGAAUCCAUAUGUCUCCUGAAGAAUUCAUACGACAUGCUACAGAAGAUGAACAAAGUCCUGUCACCACGCCCAACAUGGCGUCCGUGCAAAGCACCAACCCUACAACGUCUGCCAAAACCUAACUUGUCGAUCACACCUGAAGCGAUAAAUAGACGAACCAUUAUGGCUUUAAAUAGAUGAUUCUGAGCUGUCGUGCAAAUGAUUAUAUAGUCAGCUGGCGAUGUUUGUCGAGGGAACCCUCAGCUACUGAACCCAUACUUAUGGGAACUGGUUCUCCACGUCCGGACACGGCAGUAAUUAUUGAUUAUAAGGGUUAUCUUGAAUCUGGUCUGCUGCAUUAUAUUGGAUAACGGAACGUAUGAUUUCGAUCAUCCAGCUCUGUAUAUUAGGUAAGGCUGAACUAGCUGUUUCAGAUGUUAUGACAUUGACUUAGAGCUCAGUUGGAUUUUCAUUCUUUUGCAGUUUUUUGCUAGGUUGUGUUAAACUUAUAAUAAAUUUUAGUACAUAUUCUGCAUUGAGACGAAAUUGUGGUGCGCUUCUUAUUUUUAGUUAGGUUAAUCUGCAUUUAUAGCCAUCUUACCAUAUAAACAAGAAAACAAGAAAAUUGCUUUGUUAACCUUUUGUGUGGUUUGGACGGGUAGCGAACCAGGAUUGUUUCGAAAAAUUUACGUGCAGGCAUAAAAUCAUGGUCAUUCCUGACCAUAGGAAAGGUAAGCAUUUGUUUAGGGCUAACAAUUAGAAAAGGCCCUAAAAUCUUAAAAUAUGGGUUAAUGAAGUAGACACUUAAAAACCGACAAUUAUUAAUUAGUUGUUCUAUCAAUUAAAAAGUAUAUGAUAAGUUUACAUUUAUAAUGAUAAUUAUAUCAAAGAACCCGUCUCUACUAUUUUACCAACACUCGCUAAAGUUCAGAAUCAAUCAUCUAUACAAAGGGUUUAU